AUGCCCCGUGAACCCGAUCCCAGCAUCAACGAGGCCGAGUUUGUGCAUCGCUGCCUCCGCAAGGGCGUCCGCCUCGACGGCCGCGCCAUGUACGACCUUCGCCCCGUCCAGCUCACUUUCGGCGACGAGCUCGGCUGGGUCGAGUGCAGGCUCGGCGACACUCGAGUCGUCGCCCAGGUGUCCGCCGAGAUCGUCAAGCCGCUCGCCGACAGGCCGUACGAGGGCUUCCUCAACUUGACGACCGAGAUUAGCCCGAUGGCGAGCGCGGCGUACGAGGCAGGACGGGCUUCCGAGGACGAGGUGCUCAUGACGCGGUUACUCGAGAAGGCGCUGCGGAGGAGCAAUGCGGUCGACCGGGAGGCGCUGUGCAUCGUCGCGGGGCAGAAGGUCUGGUCCAUACGCGUCGACGUGCACUUCCUCGACGACGAGGGCAACAUGCUCGACUGCGCGAGCAUCGCCGCCAUGACGGCGCUGCGGCACUUCCGGAAACCGGACGCGACCGUCGUCGGCGAGGAGGUGACGAUUCACUCGAUGACGGAGCGGGUCCCGGUCGCGCUGGCGGUGCACCACUCGCCGGCGUGCUUGACCUUCGCGUUUUUCGGCGAGGACUCGCUCGCCGUGCUCGACCCGACGCACCUCGAGCAGCAGCUGUGCACGGGCACGCUCACGCUCGCGCUCAACGCGCAGAGCGAGAUCUGCGUCCUGUCGAAGCAAGGCGGCGCGCCCUUGUCGGCCGACGACGUCAUGAAGGCGGUCCAGAUUGGCGUCGAGCGCGUGCGCCAGGUCGACGAGGUGGUCGUCAAGGCGCUCGCGCACGACCGCUCGAGGAGGGUCGUCGAGGUGCGGUGAGCCCGGCGGCGAGCGAGCGUGCAACGUCGUCGGAGUUACACGGG